AUGGAAACUCAACCGAGCCAGAACGUUAGAACUGCUAAAACUUCAUCCGCUAGACGGCGGAGACCAAGAAGGACAAAAAAACCAAGUCAGAGCGAGACUAGUCAGACGAAGACAGAAACUAGUGGUAACGCACCGAAGUCGAAUCGUAAGACGAAUGUUCGUCGCGAACAAGAUGCGAGCAGCAAGCUGACAGGACCUAAGAAACCAGUUGGGACCGAUAGGAUUACAGAUAUAAGGGAAAAGAGUAAGGCUUUCUCAAAAAAUGGCAAAAGUGGCCGAAUGUCGAAGGAGGCGAAGGAUGAAAUACGUCAAGUUCAACACGUCUUGGGCGAACAAAACUUCAAAAUUUUCAAAAAAGGCAAAAAUAGUACGACUUACGGGUUAGUGAUGCCCCACUUCUUCAGUCCCGAACCGUAUACUUUGGUAGCAACGAUCCCCUUCACUUAUCCUCAGCAGCCGGUCAAAUUAGACCCCAAUGACAACCAAGGUAAAGAAGUAACGCACGCAGAAGAACUGGCCAACAUUGUAAACAAUUUUAACAGCAAAGCUCAUGAGAUGUCUUCUAAAAAACAGCAUUUGUUAUCUCAGUUCAACUUUCUGAUAACUCAAUGGCCUACAUUGAGCAGUCCUAAUUACAGACAAAAAGACCGGCUAUUUAAGGAAUUUCUAACGGAAAGCAGUUGA